GUGGGGUGGUUGGCCCCCAUUACAUUAAUAGUUGGUAUAUAGCUCAGAGGGUGAAAAUCUAAAAGCAUUUUUGCUGGCGAGAUACAUCAGGGUGGUAUUAGUGUCAUAGGACCGUAGUUAAAAUGACAAGUUCAAAGCCUCAGUCAGAAAAAUGGGCAGACAGCAGGAAGAAAGCACUAAAAAAGAAAAGGUUGGCAACCAGACAGCCCAGACCACAAACAGACUGAAUGGUUUCAAAAAGGAACAAAGGACUUGAUACGGUACCAAAAGGGCGUUGGCUAAGAGUAAGCAUGCAGAAUCCGAUCUUCAUGUAAAAUCAAGGGGAGAAGAAAGGACGAAAUAGAUUGGGGUUAUUUAGAGUGGAAAGCCAGACAAUGGCAGCAAACAAAGGCUUAGCGAUGGAAGAGCUGAAAACAACAUCAUUUAGCAACGCCGGUGGGAGCGGCAGAGACAACACUGGAUUUGCGAAAGAGGAUGAGAGUGUGGACAAUGGGAUGAAUGAAACUCCUACAAAUACAAACCCUUCAUUUGUAAGAGCUAACAAUGGCAGUGGGAGAAGCAUACAGAACGCUGGAUUUGAGAAAGAGGGUGAAUUUGUGGUCGAUGGGCUGAAUAAAACCCCUGCACACGGAAGGCAUUCAUUUGCAAGAAAGAUUGCACAACCCUUUACCAGAACAAAGAGGUUUUGCCAAGCUCAUUCCAAAGCGAUUAAAACAAUUGGAGCUGUGGUGCUGCUUGCAGGCUACCUGAGUUUUUUUAUUGCUGCCUGCAUCCUGAAUUUUCAUCGUGCUCUCGCCCUCGUGGUUAUAACUGUUGUGGUUACUGUUUUCACUGGCUAUGAGUUUGUGAAGAAGCUCCUAGGAGACAGAAUAGUAGAGUGCUUUCUACCUGCAAGAAAAUGUUUCAAGGCCAACAUGAAAUGGAUGAAAUGGAUAUUCAUCUUGGUUAUUUUGGGUUUGUUGGUGACAUGGAUUGCCCUGGACACCUCGAAAAGGCCCGAACAGCUAACUUCCUUUGGUGGGGUCCUCAUGUUUGUAAUUAUCUUAUUCCUCUGCUCCACAAAACACUCUGCGGUGUCAUGGCGCGCAGUGUUUUGGGGCCUAGGCCUGCAGUUUGCACUUGGCCUGUUUAUCAUUAGGACAGGCCCAGGAUAUGAGGCCUUCAACUGGCUUGGAAAACAAAUACAGGUAUUCCUUGAUUACACGAAAGCUGGAUCAGGAUUUGUUUUUGGAGAAGCCCUGAUAACCCAGGCAUUUGCCUUUCAGGCUUUGCCCAUAGUGAUUUUCUUCAGCUGUGUCAUGUCUGUUCUGUAUUAUGUGGGAGUGAUGCAGUGGCUGAUUAUCAAGAUUGCGUGGCUGAUGCAGGUGACUAUGGGAACCUCACCCACAGAGACCCUCAGUGUUGCAGGAAAUAUAUUUGUGGGACAGACUGAGGCACCACUGUUGAUACGGCCCUAUUUACCAGACAUGACCAAAUCUGAGAUCCAUGCUGUGAUGACUGGAGGCUUUGCUACCAUAGCGGGCAGUGUACUUGGAGCAUACAUUUCAUUUGGGAUUGAUGCAUCGUCACUGAUAGCAGCGUCAGUGAUGGCUGCUCCUUGUGCUCUCGCGCUCUCUAAGCUGUCCUACCCCGAGACAGAGGAGACCAAGUUCAUGAACAAAGAUGAAAUCAAAAUAGACAGUGGAGAGCAGCAGAACAUCCUGGAGGCUGCUAGCAAUGGUGCUUCGGAUUCUAUCGGCCUGGUAGCAAACAUUGCUGCCAACUUGAUUGCGUUUCUGGCAGUUCUGGAGUUUAUCAAUGCUGCCCUCCACUGGCUUGGAGGAAUGGUUGAUUACCCUGAAUUGUCAUUCCAGCUUAUUUGUUCAUAUAUCUUCAUGCCAGUGACAUAUAUGAUGGGUAUAUCCUGGGAAGACUGCUUUUUAGCGGCGGAAUUGAUAGGCACUAAACUCUUCCUGAAUGAGUUUGUAGCCUAUGAAAAACUUUCUGUUUUGAAGAGGAACAGGAUCAGUGGCUUGGGGGAAUACAUUAAUGGGCAAAAGCAGUGGGUUUCUAUAAGAACAGAAACCAUUUGCACAUUCGCGCUGUGUGGAUUUGCUAACUUCAGUUCGGUCGGCAUCAUGCUUGGAGGAUUGUCCUCCAUAGCACCUUCUAGAAAGAGCGACAUUGCCAAUACUGUCAUCAGAGCUCUCCUCACUGGGACCUGUGUAUCCUUGGUUAAUGCUAGUGUGGCAGGGAUCCUGUAUGUUCCUGACUGUGUAGGUUACCUUGCAACCAGCCAUCUCAAUAGCACCAGCCAAGACCUCCUUAUGUGCUGUAAAGAGCUCUUUAGAAGCACCGUUAUCCUUGGAAACGGAACAGCCAGUUUUGAGGGAGUAUGGUCUGAAGUGGGAUACAAUUACUUUAGUGGUUGCUGUGGUCUCUAUAAUAACACAGUAUGUCCUGGUAUAUAAGCAGUAGCAUUUACAUGCUGCCACUUUCACUCAACUUCACUUGACAAAAUAAUUUGUUAUUUUAAAGCGUAUUAAUGCAUUUGUGAGAAUUUUAACUAACUACAGUAUGGCUAAAGUUUCUGAAAGUAUUUUUAGUGUUAUGUUUACCUUAUAUAUAAUUUGAUUGAAAGUUCUUCUAUUUUUUUAUAUAGCCAACAUAAAGACACACAUCCCUAAGCGUACUAAUGAUUAAAGGCGUUUUCCAUUUUAGUCGUGGAAUAUCUCGCGUUUGUUCUGAGAUUGAACUAGUUUGCUUGGGUUGAUAUUAUCUUUGUUGUUUAUAAUUUUUAACUUAAAAAGUAUUUUUUAGAUUAUCUAGAUUGUAUAACAAAGCUGCCAUAAAAUUGUAAUACUGUUCAUCUUUAUUCUUUAAAAUAGAACAUACUAAUACUGCUAACAUAAAUCUAGACUGUGGUUGUAUAAAAUAAUGGCAAAUAAUCAUACUGUGUUAUUAAACAGUAAAACAUAUGUAGAGCUUUUAUUUUUUUUUCGCUAAGGACUGUCUGGCAAAGCUGAACUCAUAAUGUUCUAAAUGUACAGUAUUAAUUUUCAUGAAUGUAAGAAAUGUAUUUCUUAAACAAUGGAUAAUAUUUCAUUAACUUAUCUAUAAUGUGUAAAUUUGUAUUAUUGCAACUAUUUUUCUGCAGUAUUAAAA